AUGAAAAAAGACGGCAGCGGCGGCUCAUUAUGCAUCCCGAUAAGCGAUGUGGCUGUGCCGCUGCCGGUGCUGGUGAUGGUGUCGCCUCCCCAGCGAAUCGUCCUUUGCCCCCAGCCCACCCGCCUCAUUUCCCCCGACACCUUGUUGCGGCACCGCAAGGGAAACUCCUACGAAAUGGCCACUCUGCUGGUCAGUAUGCUGAUUGGAGCUGGCCAUCCGGCCAUGGUUGUGUCCGGUGUGGCCCGCGAGGAGACCGUGAUCAACGAUCAACUGGCCACUCCCUAUCCCUAUCCCAUUGUCGAGGUGGAGGCCGAGGAGGUGGUGAAGCCGGUCGAGCAGACGGGACAAAAGUACAAGCUGCGCGGAUUACCGGACUUGCAGAGUCAUCUCGAGGAGGAUAUUGCUGAGGUUCACAGGGUAAAGGAGGCCGAGGAGAAGCGGAUUCAGGAUGAAAUUAUUCGUAAGAAAAUGGAGGAUCUCGAGCUGCUAGCCGUGGAUCGGCAUCAUUAUCGGCGGAGUCAUGCCUGGGUGGUGAUCAUAAACAAUGCCCCAUGGAGCAUCAAGCCAAAGACUACCUACGUGGACGUGAAUGGAGACGUUGUGGAGGCUCCACCCUCGGCCACCUUCAUAGAGCCCUCGACGGGAUUCAUCUGCGAGGCCGGCUGCAAGCAGUACAUCCUGAUCGACAGUGUCUGGAACCAGUACAAUUACUAUGUCAACAAGCAGAAGUACCAGCGGGUUGGCGAUAUGCGAUGGGAUCUGCGGGACACCGCCGACUGGGAGCACAUGCUGCCCGGUGAGCCGCCCGAGAUGCGCACCUACAAAAUGGCUUCCGACGAGAACAUUGCAGAGGAGGAUCGUGACAUUGGCGAGGAGAAGCAUCUGGAUUGCAUCUGCGAGUGGGUGGAAAGACUUCACAUCGGGCUGGCCAAAUUCGAGCAGCGAUUUCCAAGCUUCGGAAAGACAAUCCAGUACAAGGGAGCGAUCCACGAGCGCUUUGCUCCCUACUCCCAGCGGGAUGGCAAGAUGAUGCAGCUGACCAUCUUCAACAAUGAUGAGUGCACGGAUCCCAAGAUCCGGUAUGAGCACUACGAGAAUCGAUCCGAUCUGAUGCGCCAUGUUAAGUACACUUAUGCCACCGAUCAGUAUGAGGAGAUUUUCGCCAAAGGACGCAAUGAUAGUUUGAAAUCCAUGGAGUACUUUUCCGACACCACGCAGCCGCGUAAAGUUUAUUUCUAUUCGGGCUCUAGGAUAGAUUCCUUGGACUUGAUGGUGGUCGAACCCAAGUCACUUAUUCUCUACUACAAGGGUCGCAUGGACAACUGCUGGUACAAGGAAUUCCAUUUUACUGAAUCUGGAAACAAACUAAGGAAAGUCAUUGAGAAAUUCCACAAAGGCAAUCCCGAUGAUAUUGAAGGCACUGAUAUAGCAGAGCGUUCGUUUCUUUUCCAACAAAAUAAAAUUAUACUCAAGUUUCAUUAUACCUUUGGAGCCCUGACUGCCACCACAGUGGAGUUUACAAAGCCACCAAGGGCGGAUUAUGGCCAGGAGCUGGUUUACGAUGAGAAACUUACCAAGAUAUACAAGGCCAAUCCUCUGGAUCCCACUCGCACUAAUCUUGAGCUCUAUCGUCUCUUGCGCGAUCAACUCAACUACGAGGAUCAACUGGCAAAGACCUUUCAGCAUAUCUUUGACGACAUCAAUAAUAUAUUUGAUGUUCGUAAGUGUGAAAAGAUUGAGCCUAAGUUGAAGUUUAGUAUAUUUGAUCCAUUACGAAAUGGAGCAGCCAGAGCCAUAAGAAUGAAACAGUUUGAAGAGGAAGAGGAACUCAAGAAAGAAAUUGCUAGUAAACCCGCUGAUUUCUUGGCUCCAUAUUUGGUGCCCUACCAGGGAGAGCUGACUCCAGAGCAAUCUUUGUACGCCUAUAAUGCCUGUCUGAAUGAUCUGAAAUCGCGGUUUGUCAGUUUGCUGAAUAAUCUUCAGCGACACUACGAAGAUCUCACCUCAGAGUCAAAGUCCCUCAAUCGGUUCCUCAAUAAAUUCGAAAAUCAAUUCAACAACUAUGACUACAAGCGUCUGGUGCAACAGUCAAAGGAUCUGGAACUCAAUAAAAGAAUGGUUCAACAGCGUCUGACCCUGACCCACGAGGAGUCGCAGAAAAAGUAUGAACUCGUCAAGAGUUCGCUGCUCAAGGAUACGAGACUCAAUCUGAAAAAGGAGGAUAUGAUAAAGCAGACCACGGAGGGAUAGAAUUAAUGUAUAUUUUAAAACAAUAAAAACAAUGUACUUUGGA